AUGUAUUUUCUCUUAAGAAAGACAUUAAAUUUCGACAACUUCAAGGACAUCAAGCUUGAUUUAGGAGACAAAAUAAACACAACUGAUAACUUAUGUUCAUUUGAAGAAAAUGAAGUUUUUAAUUUUUUAAAAUAUAAAGAAUCAACUUCCAGUAAAUUAGAUAAAAAUUCACCAAAUAAUUCUGAAAGUACCUUAUCGUGUGUUCAAAAAGAAUUAAAACGAAUUAAUACUUUAAAAUGCUAUUUAAAUGAAAUAAUGAAUUUUAGUGAUGAUGACAAACCAGAUUUAGGUGUUACCGAAAUAAAUAAUAUUGAAGAGGAAAAUGAAAAUGUUUCUUCUUUUCAUUUAAAUAAUGUGAAUAAUGAAAAUGUUUGUAAACAGAAAGAAAUAGAAACUAUAGGAAAACUUAAAAAUAGUGGUAAGCACACAAAAAAAAUAAACAAAGUAUUAUCAAAUAGUACGUUUUAUAAAACAUUGUCUAAAAGAAUAAAUAAGAAUGAAAUUUUAAAUAAAGGAAGAUUUUUAAAAAAAAAUCUAUUAAAUUAUAAUUGUAAAAUAUAUAAUAAAAGAAAUCCUAAUAAAAAGGUUAACAUAUGUAACUUUAAGAUAAUAAGAUGUAAAUCCAGUGCUUACAUUAAUUAUUAUUAUUAUUAUUAUUAUUAUCAUUAUGGUGGUAAAUAUUCUUUAGAAAAAAAAGAAAUUAAAAAUGCAAGGUGCUAUUUAAAGAAAAGAAAUUUUUAUAACGUAUGUUUAAUAAAAAGAGGAAUAAAAAAUAGUAAACUAAAUGAAAAAUACAAAAGGUCCUUUUUUAAUGAAAAUUUCAUUGAAAAUAAUAUGAAUGAAUAUUGUUUUAAUAAGGAAAAAUUAUAUUUAAAAGAAGAUAAAAGCAACCUAAAUAAUGAAUUAAAAAAUUAUGUAGAUAAUAAUACAAUGAAUAAUGAAGGUUUGCUAAAUGCAAAUGUUACAUUGAUUAAAACACAAAAACAUUCUAACCAAAAUAUGAAUGCUAUUUGUUUGGAACCAAAAACAAAUUAUUUUCAAUCAUGGAUAUAUAAAAAAAAGGAAUUCAAGGUAGGCACACCUAAUUAUAUAAACACAUGUGAUAUGAAAAAGACAAGCCAUGAAAAAGAAAAUAAAAAAAAAAGUGACAAGUUUUAUUAUAAUUCUCAUUUGAGUAAACUUAAUAAUGCAGCAUAUAAAAAUUAUUAUUUUAAAAAAGAAAAGAAUAAUGGGAAACUUAAUGAAUUAAAUAAAGUAAGAGAUUCUACCAAAAGUAAAUCAAAUUUGAAAAAUUUCAAUCUGAGUAUUUUCAGAAGAUUUAGUACUAACAAUCAUUGUAAUAAUAAAAAUAACUUGAAAGAAAAUGAUCGUACACGAUUUCAUUUCCUUAGUAAUAAUAUUAAUUAUUAUGGAACAUUGAUUAAGAAGGAAGAACAUAUAGAAAAAAGGAUUACAAACAAAGAUAAUAAUAUACAUUUUUUUAAUAAAAAGGUUGUUAUACCAAAUAAAGAGAUGAAAGAAAUAAAAGAUAAAAUAAAAACUGCAUUGAUAAGUUUAAAUACCAUUAAAAAGAAUAAUUAUAAACUAAAAUUUUGUCUAGAAAAAGAAAUUCUAGAUAAUACUAUACAACAUAAUGAAUUAAAAAAAAGUAUAUGUUCCUUGUUUAGUGAUAAAUUUCUGCAAAGAACAAAAGUUGAGUCUAAUGAGUAUAACAAAGAAGAAAAUGAAAAAAACAAAAAAUAUAACAAUAAUAAUAAUAAUAAUGAAAACAAUAAAAAUGCAAAGUAUGAUAUAGAAAAAGAAGAAGAAAAUAUAUAUGGACAAGUUAUAAAAGCAGAUAAUAUAAACAUUUUAUACAAUAAUCUGAAUAACAAAAAUGAAAAUAAAAAUAUAAAUAUAAAAAUACACCAUGAUCUUAUAUAUGAAGAAAAAGAGAGAAAAAACAAAGAACAACUAUGUUCCAAUGAUAAUGAUAAUAUAAACAAUUGGAAUACUUAUACUUUUUUUAAUAAUAAUAUGAAUAAGAAAAAAAAGGAACAUACAAAUUUUCAAUAUGAUAAUAAAGAAGAAUGGGAAAAAAUCCAAAACAAAAAUAAUAUUGUAAUAAAUAAUCAUGGUCAAAAUAAUUCAUUUGUUGAAAUUAAUAUGGAAAAAGAAAAAGAUAAAGAAAAAGAAAAGAAAAAUAUUUUUAGUGAGUCCAAUAGUUAUGAAUUUUUUGGAAUUAAACAAAUAUAUAAAAAUAAUAAAAAGGUAAAGGGAAAUAAAGAAUUUAUAUUCAAGGAUAAUAUUACAAAAAAUGAAAAUAACUUAUAUAAACAAAAUAUAAUGCAAAGUAAUAAUAAUUUAAAAGAACAUAAUAUUGAUUAUGAUGAUGAAUACAACAAAAAGGAAUAUGAUUCUUAUUUUCUUGAUAAUGAGAAAAAUAAUUCCUUAAUAAAUUUUGGAAAUAUAAAACAAAGUAAAGAAAAUUAUUAUGAAACAAAUAAAUAUCCUAACCAUGUUCAUACGAAUUAUACAUUCGAUGAUUUUUUUUGGAAUAAAAAAAGUCAUAACUACUAUGAUCAAAUGAAUAUGAAUAAUAAUAAGACAUGCUUAAAUUUUACAAACAAAAAUAAUGAAUCAUUAUUUGAUAAAAAAUAUUUAAAUAAAACCUAUAUAAAUAAUUUAACAAAAUCUUAUUGUGAAAAUAAAGAAAAUAAUUAUGAUAUUGGUUAUAACAGUUUUGUAAAUUCUUCCACCUAUAAGUUUUUUGAACCAUCCAAUUUAGGAAAAAUAGAAAAAGAAAAAAAGAAUUUUGAUUUGCAAAAUGUAAGAAAUAUUAAAAAAAUAAUAAAUAGUGAUAUAUAUGUUAAUAACCAAUUUGAAAGAAUAAAUAAAAGAAAUAAAAUAGUUAUUAAUAUAAUAGAAAAUUAUUUAAUAGAUAAAACAACAUCUUUACAAUUAUCAAAAGAAAAGGAUAAUAUUUAUAUGAAAAAAAAUUUCCAUAUAGAAAAUAUAUAUAAAAAGAAAAUGUCCAAAAAUUUACCAGGCUUGUAUGAUCAUUAUGCAUUCUUACUUCUUAACCAAAAUAAAUGUGAAGUUAGAUAA